CAAAACUUUUGGCUGAUAUCCAGCUUCAACUCCAUCAAUUCCGUCCGUUCACAGUUUCUCACAUCUCUCUUUUAACAUUCUUGUACUCGCGCUACACUUGAUAUAUACUCUUGUUGAUCGCACAGCUACCAAGCCAAGCUUCGCAAACCACUUUCCACCAUGGAAUACCACUUUGUUCCCCCAGAGGAGCGGGCGAGAAACGAGAAGGGCGAGAUGCUACCCUGGGGAUACGUCUACAAGGACGAAUCCCGCAACCCACGCCGCGCCCCCGAAGAAUCAGGCCCAUUCGGCAAGCGCAGGAACGCCCGCUACGAACACACGCGCUCUCGCACCCGAACCGGCACGCCGGCCACGAAGCGCGAGAACCCCAACGUGGCGGAAUUCGGGCGCCUGUUUGCCGCGCAGCAGGACGAGGAGAAAACCCGCAGCAACACCAUGCCCAAGUCGGCGUCGGCGUCGAACAUCGAGAGCGUGCGCAAGCAGCAGCAGCAACAGCAACAACAAUCGUCUUCCUCGUCAUCAUCACAACAACAGCCCGGACAGUCGCAGGAGACGGAAAAGGUGGCGACGGAAUGCAUCCUGUACGGCUACAGGAGUAAAGACGGCGAGUGGAAGGUGCUGGACAAGUACGAGCGGAUCUCGCAGGGGUUCAUCUGCGAGGACUACCCGCGGACGGAUCCCACCGCGGCGACGGGGUUCUCGCAGCUGCUGAGCGGCGGCGAUGUGGUGAUCCGCGCGGGCCUGUCGGCGGACGCGAACCGGAAGUCGAAGCGCUACGCCGGCGGCUACCACUGGAUCAAGGUGACGUUCGACUCGACGACAGCGGCCGACCGCGCGUGCUUCUUCUCGCCCCAGGAGAUCGAUGGGCAUCUGGUGUUCUGCGAGCUGUACCAUGGUCGUGGGCCCGCGGAGGAUGUGCCGAUCGUGGCCGGGUCGGCGGAGGCCAGGCGAGUGCAGAGCAAAGCGCCGCGCACGCUGUCGACCUCGCAUUCCACGGCCUUCUUGCCUGCCUCGGAGAAAGAGCGCCAUACGCUGCCCCGCUCAUUUGCGUUCAACAAUCUGUCGACGGUCCCGGCGACGGAUUCCUUCGACGAGGGCGAGUCGCUGGAUUCCACGCCCACGGCCAGCUCGACCACCGCCACGGGCUUCGAGCCCUCCACCGCAGCCAGCAGCAGCAGCAGCAACAUGACUCUGCAGCAGCGCUCAGUCCCAAGCAUCACUACCACAACAACAAGCCCCCUACUCCCUCGCGAGCAACAGCAGCAGCCCAAACCCGACUCAGAUUACAUGACCCAUAUCCCGACGGUGCGCCGCACGAAACUGCGCCCCCUAGCCGAAGCGCUCCCGCCGCAACCCACCGUAACAGAACGCGUGCUACGCUCGAUCCCCAUCCUCAGCUGGUUCACAGGCGACAUCGUAGGCGACGGGCCCCAACUCGGCGACGACGGCGCCUUCGACUACGACAAGUCCAACACCUACUGGCGAUUCUGGUACAUGAUCGACCGUAUCAUCGGCACGGAUAUCUGCGGUCUGAAGGAAGAAUCCUCCGAGGUGAAAGCCGCGGAGACGGCCGCCGAGAUCGCAAGUGCAAGUGCAGCGUCAACCACGGACUCUCCCCGUCAAUCACACAGCCCCCCGUAUCUGAGCGGGAGUGGGAGCGCGGGCGGGCAAGGCCAAGGUCCCAGCCGGUUACCGGCGCCCGGGCCCCUGUUCGAGAGAGAUAGCAGAGAGACCAGCGCGAUCCAGUACUCCGGCGCGUUAAUGUCGGGGGCGCUGGGCAAUUCGUCGGAGAGAACCCGGCCGUUCGCGUGGGAUUGAUGAAUACUUACUGGGUGGUUUUUCUAUUACAUGCACGCACAUAGAUACACACAUGCACACGAGCCAGAUACGCAGGAAUUAAAACCUUCGCGGUCUGUCUGUUUCUAACUUACCUUGUUGUGUCCUGCGGACAAAUUUGAUUCUCUUAUGAAAAGUCUGCAUCCGACUUCCUGUUCUUUUUUUUCUGGGUCUGUCCCUUUUGGCAUGUCCGCAUCAGCUUCCUGUGUCUUACGACUUUUCUUAUUUUUUUUCUUUUUUUACCUUGCAUUCUAAUGUUUCAAGGCGCUACGGUUUCGACUUGCAUGGAGGCG